AUUUAUUUUAUAUUUUCUUUCUAUGUGACUUUACCGAAAGAACCAAAGAGUAAUUCCUGAAGUCACGAAAGCUUCAAAUCAAGAGUCAAAAUGUAAUACUUAAGGUCGGCCAAAUGAAUUUAUAUCGUUUUUACUGUAAUUUGGUGGAUACCAUUCCAGAAAUUGUGUCCCAUUUCAGAAUUCUACAUUAAUAUAGAUAACUUUCCUCCAAUUGCAUUUAUACACUUUUCCAGGAAAGCCUCAGUGAGAUGAAAUUCCCUUCCCAUUGCCAGGAGAAAUCUGUUCCAUCUCUAUGGGAUCGAGUGUUGCCUCCUGGCAUACAUGUUUUUUUUCUGGAUGCUCUGCUUUCCUCAUAAAUUAUCUGAAAACAUCUUCAUAUAUAGAGGACAGCAAAGCUUGGGCAAAUAUUGGCACUGUCUCACCACCUGGCUGCCUUCUCACUCAUCUGUGGCUCCUCAUGCUACCAUGAAUUACAAAUUCCAAAGCAUUGUGAGAUUAAACUAGCCUCAAUGACACGUUCUAAAACUGAAACCAAACAAAAAAUGCUUUACAAUACCCUUUUAUACAUUAUGCAAUUAAUACAUCUGCAUAGUGGAACGGGUUAAAUUGGGUGGGCUAGAGCAAUGCUACAGAUUUUCAACAAUUUUCCACAGUUUACAUCUCACAAUUCCAGGGCUGGGAUUACAGAAUUCUACACUUGCAGCCAUAGCCUUGGUAAGGUAGUGUAGGUUGGAUGUGGUGACCUUUUUACGUGUGGCUCUGGCAUUGCAUUCUGCAAAAAUGUGCCAGAAACUUCCCCAACAAAUUCUAAGAGCUGAUUAUGAUGAAGAUGCUGACUUUAUUUUUCUUCAGAAAAGCUUCACUAAGUCUUUAAGUUUUUUCACAAUCGUCCUGCAAUGGGAUGUUUGGAAGCUCCUUUUUAGCAAAUGGUUUUCAUGUGGGAGGACUUUUGAGUAACUGUAUAAAACACAUGCAUAUAAAGCAAUAACACUGAAAGGUCUACACAGACAGGUUAAUGGAUCCAAUUUCCUGACAAUCUCACAAUCUAGUAAGAGUGUUGUCACUCUGUGUAAUCCACCAACCCUUGUUUCCAAAGUGCUGGAUUACAACCAAACCAAUGUGGCCAGCUGUUGUUAUUGUUGCUGCUGCUAUUUAUAAUGUACGUAUGAACUUCUUCUGCACCGAUGAUUAUGAUGAUAACGAUAGAUGAUGAUUAUUAUACACAAAUGCAUCCUUUGCAUUUACAUAUCCACGAAAAUAACCUUAUAGAUUAUAGCCUUUGGUUAUAGGAAAAACGGGUAUACGAUAGGGUAGCUUUAUAGACUAGGACACGUGCUGAUUGUGAAAACGUAUUAAAGCUGGUACGACACACAAUCGAGUGGUGUGGCCAGUACCACUUCCAGCCACCUUUGUCUUCCUAUGGCUGAUGUUUACACACACCAGGGACUAAUUUAACGCUGAGUUAACCCAGGCAAGUCCAAGAACAGGCAAUAACGUUUCAUGGGGAAAACAAUUCUCGUUCGUGUGCAUAUAAAUAUGUAACGUGUGUGGAUCGGUGUGCAUCAUCAUCACUCAUGAGUGACCAUGGUGGGUUGGUUAAUUGAGUAGAACUAGGUUGUGUAUUUUUUUGACAGCGGGUGCCCUAUGACAGAGGAGGUUGUGAUUGAUACAUGUGCAGGAUGCAGAAGUUGCAGGUUGCUGAGACAGGCAUUGGUGUGGCGCAGUGUGGUCAGUGAUCAACAUGGUAAUGAAAGGCUGUCCUUGGGGGGUCACGUGGUGACUAUACAAGUUACAGGAUGAGGCACAUAGACAGAUGCGAUUAUGAGCAGUGGUAUCAGCUUGUGAACUUAUUGACUGUUUUGACCUAUAAAUAUAUUCAUUUUAAUGCAGAGGGACAGAUAUAUGAAGUAGAUAUAUUGUCUGCUUAUAUUUUUUUACUUAUAUUCUCUGCCACAACUCAAAUAUUUAUUGUGUUUUGCAUUAUAAAAAAUUGCAUCGAAUUACGAACCAUAUCUUAAAGACAGGGUUGUUGCCUAUGUAGGAUAUUUCAUACAGGAUAACGCCUCUUAUCCAUGGUUCCUAUUAUCUACGGUUCCUAUUUUCUGUGAUUAUUGGUUACUUUUCCCAUAAGUCUUAGUGGAAAAAUCACAUUUUUGGCUAUUUUUCGCAGAUAAAAGGAGUCUCACGGCAAAUACAUCUUGUCAUCUGUGGGUUAUCUACGAUGUUUUACACAUACAGGGAGACACACAGAGACACAGAUACACACAGACAUGGAGACACUACAGAUACAGGGAGGCACACAUGGACAUGGAGACAAAUAGACCCAGAGACAGACAAGAAAACACAGAGAGACACAAACAGACAUGGAGACAACAAUAACAACCACCAUUCGGGACUAAGUGGUGUAUAGGCGAUGUGAAGUGUCGAAGGUUCGCUGGCAGGAGGAAAUGGGACACCCAGUUGCUUUCGGUUGACUGACUGAGAUGACUGGUAGAUGCACCAAUUGUGCUUUCUACUGUGCCAGCUUGCUGUGUUUUAGCUGCCCGGCGCUCCACUUCUUGCUGUGAGCAUUGCUCCUCUGCCCUUCUCUGGUGUUGGAGGGCAACUGUCUCCACCUGCCCAGUAGCAUCCUUCACAAGCCUCCUCCCAAGAGGCUGAUCUUGCCACCGCAGAAAGAAGGUGAAAUGGUGGAAAGAAGACCCUUCUCCAUACGCUCCUCACUGUCAUGCCCCUGCCAGGUUUCCUUUCUCAUGGUGGCAAUGCUAACAGCAAUAUGGGGUGCUGCAGAGUGCUGCCCCUCGCGCUGUGAGUGCUUGCCCUCUCCCAACUGGUCGGUUGUUUGUCAUCGCAAGCGACUUCUUACCAUCCCGGAUGGAAUACCCAUAGAUACAAGGGUAUUGGAUCUCAGCAAAAAUCGUCUGAAGUGCAUAAAUUAUGGAGAUUUUUCAGGCUACCCACAACUGCAGGAGUUAGAUCUCCAUGAGAAUGUAAUCUCUAAUAUUGAGCCAGGCGCUUUCAACAACCUGCACCAUCUGCACACUAUUCAUCUGCAAAGCAACCGCCUCAAGCUCAUCUCCAUGGGUGUGUUUGCUGGACUGCAAAACCUGACACAACUGGACAUUAGCGAGAACAAAAUAGUUAUUCUUCUCGACUACAUGUUUCACAAUUUGCACAACCUGCGUUGGCUGAUGAUGGCUGAGAACGAUGUGGUCUACAUCUCACAACAUGCAUUUAGUGGGCUAUACAGUUUGGAACAACUGACAUUGGAGAAAUAUAAUUUAACUGUGGUACCCAGAGAUUCUCUCAUGCAUUUGCAUCGGUUGAAAGUGCUGAGACUCAAAUACAUGAAUAUUAAUUCCAUCCCACCUUAUUCCUUUAAACGUCUUGUACGGCUGAAGAUUUUAGAAAUCGACCACUGGCCCUACUUGAGCCGUCUGCCUCCCAAGAGCCUCUAUGGCCUAAACCUGACAUCACUCUCUGUCACCCACUGCAACCUGACUACAUUUCCGCAUGCUGCCAUGCACCAUCUUGUAUAUCUACGCUACCUGAACCUCUCUCAUAACCCUCUAGGUGUCAUUGAAGCACAUGCACUCUCUGACCUUGUGCGGCUCACUGAGCUGCAUGUCAGCAAUGCACAGCUGUUAGCCAUUGAGCCGCAGGCAUUCAGUGGGCUUCUGCACUUGCGCGUCCUGAACACAUCUGGAAAUCUUCUCACGACGCUGGAAGAGAACGUUUUUCAGGCUCUGGGAAACCUGGAUGUGCUCCGUCUGGAUGGAAACCCAUUGGCUUGUGACUGCCGCCUGUUGUGGAUCCUUCGCCGGCGACGUCGCCUCAAUUUUGACGGACAUCAGCCGAUCUGCGCUACCCCUGACUACGUGCAUGGGCAGGAGCUUAAGGAUUUUCCGGAAAUUUUGCUGCCAAAUCAUUUCACAUGCCAGCGAGCGCGCAUUCGUGAGAAGGAGCCCGAGCAUUACAUUGUCAUGGAAGGGCACUCAGUACGCUUCCCAUGUCAGGCAGAGGGUGACCCUACGCCACGCAUCCACUGGGUUUCUCCACAGCGCAAAGUUUUGCUGAGCAGAAGUGUGGGUCGCUUGCUCGUCACAGCCGAUGGUUCUAUCGAGGUGCGCUAUGCACAGACACAGGAUGGAGGCACCUACACGUGUGUAGCUACAAAUGCGGGUGGCACUGAUAGCUACACUGUCACACUUUUUGUGCGCAAGAUUGAACACGAUGCCGGCCCACUUUCCAAUGGUAGCGACCCACAGCAAUUGAACUAUUCCAGCUACUCUCGCAACGGCACAUUGUUCACCUACCAAAAGUUGGUAUUCGAUGUUAAAAUUGUGGUGAUGGCUAUAGUGAUGGGCUGCUGCUCCUUUCUGGGUGUGGUGCUGCUUUGCCUUUUCCUGCUCUGUAUCUGGAGCAAGGGCAAGGGUCGCUACCGGCACACAGCAAUCUACAUUGAUGUUGCACCCAGACACUCGAGUGCUGCAACUGUCAGCCAACCAAAGACUCCAACGAAGAUUAACAUGCGGAUGCUGUGAUCCUAUCGUUUUCGCCUAUUAAAAAUGACAGCUUGCAAGCCACUAAAUGUUUCAAAUUGAUCCUGUUUCAAGAUUUAAAUGCAUUGAACUUCUUUGAUGAAGAGACUUUUUGGAUGCAAGCUUCCUCUUGGGGUUUAAUUAUUAACUCUAUUCAACUGCUGUAUAUGAGCCUCAUUGCUUACAGGUUUAACUAAAAUGGUACUCAAUAUGUGGAAUUUAUGAAUUUGUUUAAUAAACUUGUUAUCUUGAUGUUAUAAGUAGAUUAUAUAAUUUGAAGUGACUAAAAAGUUGUUACACAAUGGUACUAAUUUCAAUUUUACAUUGAAAAGUAUAUUGUUUCUCUUAAAAAUUAGAUAAACAAAUUAUACAAUUAUAUAUCCUAAUGGUAUUAUUUUAAUAUUUCAACUAUUUACAUUAGGCUGUGUUGUGGAUUUUUGACAUCGUGUUACAUUCUCAUCAGCAUUACAAUUGCAUUCAUUUUUACAUUUUCUAACAAUUAAAAAUGACAUUAACAUUAUAAGAUUGUUUAUCGCACUGUAAAAGAUGAUAAUAAAAUAAAUAUAAACCAAAAUUAAUAGUUACGUUGUUCUAACUGUCGUAACCAUUGUAAUCAUUGUGAAGAAGUUGAUUUUAAAAAAUCAUGUUACACAGAACAUUCCACCAGAGUGUAGACUGGAACGAAUCACCCAAAUACCCAUUCUGUUCUGUAAUGGUAAAAAUUAUCCUAAAAAUAUUAAAAAUCAUUAUCCAAUUCUAA